CCCUCCCCCUCCCCUGCAGCCCCUCACCCUUGCUCCCCCCUCCCCAAACCACCUUAUAUUUAGAAUUUCAAGACUUACUUUCAAUGCAUACUUAGUUUCAACUGGGGAAUCAACAGAAGCAAAAGCAAUUUUUCCCUUUCUUGACAUCUAGCUUCCUAUUGGCUCCAAUUGGGUCAGCUGACUUUGUCAUUUUGUCUGUCCUGGAGUAGAGCCUUCCCUAUAACAAUCUAGUUCAGGCUACAAACUGGAGACAGAAAUAAAUAUUAAAGAAAUCAUACAGCCAGGUGUAGAGGAAGAUAUGAAUUCCUAUUUCACAAACCCAUCGUUGUCUUGCCAUCUCACCAGUGGGCAAGAGGUCCUGCCCAAUGUAGCUCUCAAUUCGACUGCAUAUGAUCCCGUCAGGCAUUUUUCUACUUAUGGAGCAGCCGUAGCUCAAAACCGGAUUUAUUCUUCUCCUUUUUAUUCACCGCAAGAUAAUGUUGUGUUUAGCUCAAGCCGAGGACCCUAUGACUAUGGAUCUAAUGCCUUUUACCAAGAAAAAGACAUGCUUUCUAGCUGCAGACAGAAUUCAAUGGGACACAAUACACAGACUUCAAUUGCACAGGAUUUUACCAGUGACCAAAACAGAAACACUUCGCAAGAACAAAAAACUAGCAUUCAAAUAUAUCCAUGGAUGCAGCGCAUGAACUCCCACAGUGGGGUCGGCUAUGGAGCGGACCGCAGGAGAGGUCGCCAAAUCUACUCCCGUUACCAGACCCUGGAACUGGAAAAGGAAUUCCACUUCAAUCGCUACUUGACAAGACGGAGGCGGAUCGAGAUCGCCAAUGCACUUUGCCUAACGGAGCGUCAGAUCAAAAUCUGGUUCCAGAACAGGAGGAUGAAAUGGAAAAAAGAAAGUAACUUGAGUUCCACGCUGUCUGCGGGAGGCGGGGGCUCGGGGGCGGCUGCAGAGAGCCUGGGUGCCAAGGAGGAGAAGCGAGAAGAGACAGAGGAGGCCAGCCCUGCCCCCCACACACGCUAUAUUUAUCACUGGCACAAUUUAUAUGUUUGGCUCCAUUAA